AUGGGAAGAGGGUCUUCGUUUGCAAUUGACGAAGAGAUGCUCGCUCUCGUCGUCCCCUGCUCGCCGCCUUCACUGUCGUCGUCGGAAUCCGGCUCGCCGCAGUCAAAGAGAUGUUGCAAUCGACAAGCUUCUUCUACUCGUCGUCACCCACUGCUCGCCGCCUUCACUGUCGUCGUCGGAAUCCGGCUCGCUAGCUGCGUGGAGAGGAUCGAAGGAAGAGUAGACAGCGGUGAUAAGAGGACCAGAUAUGGAGGAAAAGAAAUCAUGGAGGAAGAAAGAAAUGAAAGAGCUGUGCUCUCGGGGCUUGAUAUCGCUUUUGAUGAUUGGAACUUCAUAUUUAUGUAUGAUUUGCAUUUAACUACUGCAGUGGGGGAAUUGGCUGGUGUUGUGUUUGGAUGGCAUAGAGGAGCUCUUACCAAUACUCAUUAUGAGAAGCAAAUCGCCAUAAAAACGGGCCUCAAACCAAGCAGCUCAUUCUUCAACCUCCCCAGUUUCUUUAUAGGGUUUAGUUCGAAAAGUUCAUCAGAGUCUGACUCUGCUAGAAGCCCUACAUCUCCUCUUGAUUUCAGUUUCUUCUCCAAUCUUAGCAACCCGUUUAGCCUUAAGUCCCCAAAGCCAUCAAAGGUUGAACACAAAACACAAUGGAAUGGCCGCAAAGUAGGCCUUGGCCUCGUCAAGUUGCUCUUAGACGAGACCCAACAAAGUGAGGAAGUUCUUAAAUCCCCCAAGAGGAAGAAUGUGAUCUUUGGAUCACAGAUCAAACUUGGUCAUGAUUCCUUGAGAUCCAAUUCUUUGCCUAAAAACUAUGUCAUCUCACUACCAUCUCAAACUGGAGAAGAGGAAGUGGUCCCAUUAGAGUCUAUGGAAUUUGAAGAGUCUUCUUCUCUGAGUAGCUUGACAAGAAUACCAAGUUUUGGUCUGAAAAAAGCAUGUCUGUCAGCAAAUAGGUCCAGUUCUAUACCAAGUUUGCCCGUGGUUGUGAGUAAAAGUUUGAAGAAGCACCAUUCCUUGAACAUCAAGCCGACUUCUGUACCAAUACUGAUCAGUUCGCAUGAGAUCGAGCUUUCUGAAGACUAUACUUGUAUAAUUUCCCAUGGCCCAUGCCCUAAAACAACUCAUAUUUUUGGUGACUGCAUUUUACCAUGUCAUGCUAGUAGUGAGUUGACCAAUUUUGACCAGAGUAAGACUACUAUUGGGUUUGAAAUGCUUCCUCAAGAGGCUAAGUGCCCUGAGGAAGGUUUACCCUCUGAAGAGUUUUUGAGUUGCUGUUACUCUUGCAAGAAAAAGCUGGACAAUGGAGAUCACACCUAUAUGUACAGAGGCGAGAAAGCAUUUUGCAGUUGUGAUUGCCGCUCGGAGGAAAUUCUUGGUGAGGAUGAUAGCGACAGACUUGAUGAUAACUCCUCACAGAACUACUCUCCUAAGUCGAGCUUCCAUGGAGACAUUUUCUAGAGAGGAUACAUAAAAAAUCAUCUAUUAUGUGUAUUUAAGAACAGAAUUCUGUUUUCCAGCAAUGGGGGAUCAGUAUGCAUCUCAAUCUUAUCCUCGCGAGUUUUGUAGCAGACAAUGUGAGUUUUGCAGCAACAUGCUGAUGUGUUGAGAACUUUCAGCAGAUAGAUGGGUUAGAGAAGUGGCUAUGAAGCCCUCUCUCAUCACUCUGCAUUAUUUUUGGCACUAUAAUUUGUUGAGCUCUGUAGUUGCCUUUCUGAAAUGCAUCCUCAAUGGAUUUAAGUGGGAUUUUUGUACGGAGAACACCUGUUUUUGCAGUAGCUUUGAGAACAAUGAAUAAUGAGAUAUGAAUGUAGCAUUGAUUUUCAGUUGUGUUGGCCAUGGAAAUGAG